CGGCGCUGGCGGCGGCUCCGGCUUGGCUCCGCAGCGGGCCGGCCCCGCGGCCGCUCAUGGGCAGCCAGGGCGGCUCGGGGCCCCCCGGGAACGGCGGGCCCGGCGAGGGCGAGAGCGGGGAAGCGAGGAAACUACAGGAAGGGAGAGCCGCGAGGGGGAAGCGAAGGAAGGGGAAGAGGAAGGGAAAAGCAGGAGCGGGGCAAGACGGAAGAAGAAGCGGGGCGGAAGGGAACCCGGAGCCACCACGGGCGAAGGCGGCUGCGGGGCUGGGGGCCGAGGCGGGAGCGAGGGCAGGCCUGGGAGAGGCGGGAGAGGGAGGCGGGAGCGUGCAGGAAGGAGCGAGAAGGAUCGUCAGGGGAGAGGAGGGAAGCGCAGGGGCGGGGAAGGAAGCCGAAGGGAGAGAUGAUGGGAAGAAGGAAGAAUGGAGGGUCAGGACUGGGCGGCGGGAGGAAGCCAGGCCGGCGAGAGCACAAGGACGAGGGGGUCAAGCUUGGGGGCACCUCGCGCGGACAGGGGCGGCCAUGGCGGCAGAGGCGGCCGAGGAGGAGGCGGCGGCCCGGGAGCCCACGGGCCGCCCAGCCGCGGGGCCCGCGCUCUUGCGCCUGCCGGAGGAGCUGCUGCUGCUCAUCUGUUCCUACCUGGACAUGCAGGCCCUCGGCCGCCUGGCUCAGGUGUGCCGUUGGCUGCGGCGCUUCACCAGCUGCGACCUGCUCUGGCGCCGGAUAGCCCGGGCCUCGCUCAACUCUGGCUUCACGCGGCUCGGCACCGACCUGAUGGCCAGUGUACCAGUGAAGGAGCGGGUGAAGGUUUCUCAGAACUGGAGGUUGGGGCGCUGCCGAGAGGGGAUUCUGCUAAAGUGGAGAUGCAGUCAGAUGCCCUGGAUGCAGCUAGAGGGUGAUUCUCUGUACAUAUCCCAAGCUAAUUUCAUCCUGGCCUAUCAGUUCCGCCCAGAUGGUGCCAGCUUGAACCGGAGACCCCUGGGAGUCUUUGCCGGGCAUGAUGAGGACGUUUGCCACUUUGUGCUGGCCAAUUCGCAUAUUAUCAGUGCGGGAGGAGAUGGAAAGAUUGGUGUUCAUAAGAUUCAUAGCACCUUCACUGUCAAGUACUCAGCCCAUGAACAGGAGGUAAACUGUGUGGAUUGCAAAGGAGGCAUCAUUGUGAGUGGCUCCAGGGACAGGACGGCCAAGGUAUGGCCUUUGGCCUCAGGCCGGCUGGGGCAGUGCUUACACACCAUCCAGACUGAAGACCGAGUCUGGUCCAUUGCUAUCAGCCCAUUGCUCAGCUCUUUUGUGACAGGGACAGCUUGUUGUGGACACUUCUCACCCCUAAGAAUCUGGGACCUCAACAGUGGGCAGCUGAUGACACACCUGGGCAGUGACUUUCCCCCAGGGGCUGGGGUGCUAGACGUCAUGUAUGAGUCCCCUUCCACACUCCUGUCCUGUGGCUAUGACACCUACGUUCGCUACUGGGACCUCCGCACCAGUGUCCGGAAGUGUGUCAUGGAGUGGGAGGAGCCCCACGACAGCACCCUGUACUGCCUGCAGACCGAUGGCAACCACCUCCUGGCUACCGGCUCCUCCUACUAUGGCGUCGUGCGACUGUGGGACCGGCGCCAAAGGGCCUGCCUACACGCCUUCCCGCUGACCUCGACCCCCCUCAGCAGUCCUGUGUACUGCCUGCGCUUCACCACCAAGCAUCUCUACGCCGCGCUGUCUUACAACCUCCACGUCCUAGACUUUCAAAACCCAUGACAGGGCCAUCCCAGCCUGUGGGCCAGGGAAGCCAGCUACUCAGGGACCUGCCUGGAAGGUACAGUGAUACCUAGAUCUGUGACCCAGGGGCAUAGUUCCCACCACCCCCACCAGGAACCAGUUGGAGAGCAGGGUCCUGCUGCUUCGAGAGAACACAGCUGAACCCAGCCAGGCCUUGCUCCUCUGUUGGCCAGAGCAAGGAUGGGGUCUGGAGAGGCCCACCCCUUCUCAGAGCCAGGCCAGCUCAGCUCAAGAGUGAGGCCAGGUGCUCCAGCCUUCCCAGUGGGUCCCUUCCUGCCUCUUCCCUGAAGGGAGGCGGGAGGCUGCCAGUUCCCUAUGGCCCCAGCCUCCAUCUCAGUCAGACCCCACCCUUGGCCAAGCUCGGGCCGGGGACUCACAUUCCUGGGGCACUGUGGCUUGGUCUUACUUUGACACCAAGAGAGGACAAAGGGAACCCCACAAUUCUGAGUGAGUUCUGAGCCAGCCCAACCUCAGGCUAGCUGUUGAGACAUGCUACAAUGUUCAUUUUUGUAAAAAUAAAGCUUGACUGUUCACA